AUGCAACGGACAAUAGACAGGCUGCAGCCUGGUAAAACUAAAGGAAAUUUGAUAAACACCGUCAGUGCACAACCGUUUGGGGACUGUGCUUCCAACAGAAGGUUUGGAUUAGUCCAGCAACACAAUUUCAAUGACGAAGGGCGCAAGCAAAAGAAAACUUCACCUGAAAAGUCAGAAAAAAGUGAGAAAGAAGACAAUACACAAGUGAACGAAAUUACAUCACUAAGGUCGUCGGAGGAGGAUGAAAUUUUUGAACGCCCUUUCAAAGCUUGCCAAGAAAAGGCAACGCCGAAUUUGAGUGCUUGGUUUAAGGCGUUUGGAGCUCCUAAAGGCCCUAAAAAGAAAACUGAGGAACCAGAAGAAUCUCAACCGGCACCUACGCCUGUAGUACCUGAACCUAGUACAGUCCUUCCGCCGCCACCGCAACAAGAGAAACCUGUUGUAGUUAAAGCAGUUGAAGUCGAACCAGAUUGUCCUAUAACCUCAGCUGAAAGCCCCGAAUCAAAUAGAACACCCAGAACCAGAAGAACUAGUACCGGAAGUACAGUGUCUGAUCAUAGUAACUUCAGUCAAGAUAUGGAUUCACCUCGGACCGGAAUAGACGAACGCAUGUCUUCCACGUACCCACUGUCGUACCCGUCUCCGAAAAUAACUGCAGCGCCACAAAAACCUUCACCGAAAACCGAGGACGUGCAGAAAAGUAUAAAUGUCGGAUUUUACCAGGACAUGACUAAAAGUAGUCCUGAGAAAAGUUGCAGUCCGCAAGAGCCAAAUAGACCCCAAGGAACCUUGCCGACGUCUGCAUCACAUCUGUACCCAUCGCAAAAUUCACCGAACCCUUUGCAAAGCUUUACAAAUCCGUAUUCUGGUUUAAUGAAUUAUGAUCGUGAGUCUUUGCCUUAUUACGAUUACAAAGCUUCGAGUAUGGUUCCUGAAAAUAAUGCGGACUACGUGUCUUUAAGUCCGAACAAUAGCAGUACCAAGUCUUUUGGUCAACCCAAUUCUCCAUACGGACCACAGAGCGGAGGUCCUUAUAAUAAACACAUGCCGAAUAACCAGCAAGUUAUGUUGGGACCUAAUAGUCCGUUCAGUUAUUCCAGUCAGAGUUCUCCGUAUUCUAAUAGUGAUUUGAGUUCACCUUACGGGACUCCACAACCCAACUCGCCCUAUUCCCAACACUUCGAGUCCAAACCCGAACCAACAGCGCCGGCUCCUAGCUCGUAUCCGAUGAAGAAACGAGGAUUUAACGAUGGGAAGUUGAGUCCCACAAAUAAUACCAAGAUAGGAAUCACCCAGGAGGUAAAGCAGAAAGAAACUCCGGCAAGUGAUGUGGAAAACGUCAGUAAAACAUCUGUUCUGAUGCAAAGUUCGCCGUCAGGUGAAUUGAUCAACAUGGGUUAUUCAAAACCAGACGACAAACCCCCGCAGAGCAUCGAGGACAAGCCAACGAUUUUUAGAGACGACAAACAACAACCGUUUGCUCUCGACAAAGCCAAAAAGAUCGAUUUUGAUGAUAAUCUAAAAAGCAGAACUGGUGAUGAGUUUACCAAAAACUUUAGCAAACCUCUAACCAACAAACCUACAUAUUUAUUCGAUAUGCCGACCAAUAUGGGCUUUCCUCAUUCUAUCAUCCCUUCGACAAAUUAUCCACCGCAGAAUAUACCGGAAAGACCUGCAGAAGUUUUGAAUAUGAAUUAUGCAAACGUUCAGAAUCAGAAGACAUUGCCUAAACAAGAUGACAUGGAAGCGAUAAAUUAUAAACAAAAGCAUUUACAAGCAACAAAUAAAGUUGUAGAGAACUUGCACAAGGUUCAACCCGUAUUUCCUGAAGCAUAUGGUAAAGCUUUGCCUAGACCUGGUUUGGAGAUAAGCGAGCCGACAAGAAAGUCAGCAGUGGUACUGAACAGUGCACCGGACACAAAAUUACAAAUGCCGACAAAUGAUUUUAUGGGUUAUUCCUCAAGAAAUUUAAAUAUUCCUGGCAUAAACUUGAAUAUUCCUCAGUGCAAUACUAACAUACAUUUACUUAACUCGAUUCCAAACAUGGACAACAGGGUGCCACCAAAUGCCCAUAUCGGUUUACCUUUGAAUCAGCCUCCAAUGCAUGCAAGGACUUACGACCUUCACAACACCAAUAACAGCUUAGCCAACCAAAACUACAAGUUCUCCGCAAAUUCACCGAAUAUGCUAGAUCCGUCGUUAAGAAAAUUGACGAAUAUGCCUCAAGGUAUAAGACAUUUCAUGGAAAACUCUUCACCGAAUUACUAUGAAGCAUCAAAAGCUACGCAACAGUUACAACCACAGAACGCGCAUGCGGCAACCAUGUCCACGAUGCAAACAAUGUUGCAGCAUUCUCAAACCAUGUCCAUGGCUUAUAAUAGACAACAAGCGAUGAACAGUCAGUGUUCUGUGAUCAGUGACAAUGCUAAACCAGUUGUACAAACCGAGACCAAGAGAAAAUCGAGUAAAAAGAAGACGGCAGUGUCUGGCGAACCAGGGGAUUUAGUGUCAACACAGCAACAAGGUUUCCAGACUUACGCCAGUGUCAAAACUGGUACAGGCGUUGUAAAGCCUGAUGGUAUGAAACAAACCAAGAAUCCUUUAGGCUCUGCGUUUAAUUUCGGACCAGGCCAGCCGGGUUUGAACCUAACCCCCGGUUUAUACAACACGAAUGAAAGUUAUUUGGAUAACAGUAAUCCUUAUUAUCUACCGCACCGGAGUUCUUCUUCGGACCAAGACAAACCUGUAAAUCCAUCUGUAAGCCAAUUUCAGUACUUGAGCAGCCCUGCUGCACGAACAGGAGACUACCCCUACAUAGGAACCCCUUCAGGAAGCCAUUUGGUGGAUUCGUCGGCCCCAAUUUAUCAGCAGUACCUCCAAAGCCAAGAUCUCCUACGACAACAGACAAAUGCUCAGAUGAUGCUCAACCAGGGUUUGAUAUCGAACCCAGCUGCUGCGUAUGCAUCACCGCGAUACCAUGCGGCCUUGGGCAUGAGACAGACUUAUGAUCCAAUGAAUCCGAGACCACCUUGGUUGUAA